UAUAUAUAUAUAUAUAUGCUACUUCCCACCAUCUCAAUGGUUAAACAACAAAGACAUGCUCCUUAAAAAUAAUUAAUAUUUGCACACUGCUCACCUUCCUCCAGCCAGCAAUGGCGUCAAGCGCGAGGGCGAGGACGACGACGAAGCCAUCGUCCCAGUAUCUCCAGCGCAUCCUUGACCUCCACCGGAACGAAGACCACCUUCCCCGCCGCAUCUGGAACGAUGAUCCCCCCUUUCUCCAUCUCCCCCACCGUGUUCUCCACGCCAUCGACUCCUCCCCCAACCCUUCCCUGCUCCUUGACCAAGCCCUUGCCCACCUCUUCCUCUCCGGCCUCUCCUCCGACCCCUUCACCGCCGGCCGCGCUAUCAAGAAGCUCUCCUCCUCCCCUUCCUCCCUCCACCGCGCCAUCUCCCUCUACUCCUCCAUCCCCCACCCCGACGCCUUCCUCUGCAACACUAUCCUCCGCGGCCUUCUGAACUCCGAUCGCGUCCACGCCGCCUUCGCCUUCUACUCUCGAUCCUUGCGUGUCUUUCCGAAUCACUUCACCUUCCCACUCUUAUGCAAACUCUUCGCCGAGCUCGGCUUUGAUCGGACAGGCAGAUGCGUGCACGCCCAGGCCUUGAAGCUCGGAUUCGACAAUGAUCUCUUCGUCCGGAACUCGAUGAUCCGCAUGUAUUCUUGUUUCGGUGAUCUCGCCGCCGCUCGCCGGAUCUUUGAUUUGAAUCUCCGCACGGAUUUGGUCACCUGGAAUUCGAUGAUCAGCGCGUACGUGAAGAAUGGAAUGGUGCGGGACGCGCAGGAGGUGUUCGAUCAAAUGCCAGAGAGGGAUGUUAUGAGCUGGAACGUAAUGAUUGCUGGGCAUGCAGUGGCCGGGGAGAUGGAGAAUGCGCGGAAAAUAUUCGAUGAAAUGCCCGACAGGGAUGUUGUUUCUUGGAACACUUUGAUCAAUGGAUAUGCUAGCUCUGGCCAAGUUGAGCUCGCACGGCAGGUGUUUGAUGAAAUGCCAGAGAGGAAUUUGGUUUCAUGGAAUGUGAUGUUGGCCUUGUAUGCAAGGAUGAAGAAUUACAGAGAGUGUUUGAAGUUGUUUGACGGAAUGAUGGCGGUCGGAGAUGUGAGGCCAGAUGAGGCUGCAUUGGUUAGUGUCUUGACAGCGUGCGCGAACCUUAGUGAUCUUGGCCGAGGGAGAUGGGUGCAUUCACUGAUUGCUGAUGGAAAGAGAAGGAUUGAGCUUGAUGUUUUGCUAUCAACUGCAUUGUUGACAAUGUAUGCAAAAUGUGGUGUUAUGGAGGAAGCGAAGGAAGUGUUUGACAGAAUGGAGGAUCGGAGUGUUGUUUCUUGGAAUUCAAUGAUCUCCGGGUAUGGUGUGCAUGGACAAGGGAGAAAGGCAUUGGAGAUGUUCAUGGAGAUGGAGAGGCAGGGACCAAGUCCAAAUGAGACUACUUUUGUGUGUCUCCUUAGUGCUUGCGCUCACAGUGGUAUGGUUUUGGAAGGAUGGUGGUGUUUCAAUAGGAUGAUCAGGGUACAUGGGAUUGAACCAAAGGUCGAACAUUUUGGUAGUAUGAUGGAUCUUCUUGGCCGAGCGGGAUUGGUAGAUGAUUCAGAGAGGCUGGCAGAGAAGAUGAAGGUGGAGCCAGCACCGGCCUUGUGGGGUGCUCUGCUCUCAGCCACAAGAUCUCAAUCAGGUUCGAAGCUUGGAGAGAUUGUGAGUAAGAAGCUGAUAGAACUUGAGCCCGGCAACAUGGGGCCCUAUGUGUUGCUAUCGAAUAUUUAUGCACAAGAAGGGAAAUGGGAUGACGUUGAGAAGGUGAGGGAAGUGAUGGCUAAGAAUGGAUUGCAGAAACCUGCAGGGGUUAGUAAGGUGGACUGUGAUCCUGUAGUGAGUGAUGAGGCCUCAGUGAGCAGAAGCAUGAUGUACUCUCUGCUUGGGGAGAUGGAUGCUCACUUAAAAUCAUCCAGUAAACAAGUUGAAAGGCAAAGACAAGCAACUUUGUGACCAUUGUAUUUGCUAUGCAACA